CAGCUCCGUAUUAUUGAAAGCAGCCACCAUGGGGAGUUAAGGGCAAGACGACGGGUUCUUUUCGUUAAUAUUUAAUAUCGGAAAUCCAUCCAUAUGCUGCGCCCCGGAGCCCCCAGUUCGCACCAAGAUCCCCGAUGCAGCGGAUCGCGGGGACCGGGCUUUCAGAGACGGGUGAAUCGUUUGCCAGCGGAAUCUUUGCCAGAGGCGAAGAUCUGACCUCUGCCUUGUGCAACCAGAGACAUGAGUGUUGUCAGAGAAUUACAUGGGAUUGGGUACAGGGGUGGUGGGGGGGUCGUAACCUCUCUGCGCGGCCCUUCCCACUUCACCGAGGAUGCGCCGAGACCCCCUGUUCCUGGCGAGGAGGGGUCUGAUGUGGACCCUCCGGUCCAGUCAACCAACACUCGUCCCAACACCCUUUCCCAAACCCUCGGUUAUUCCCCCUCAUCCUUGUUAUCUAAAAUGGGGGAUCCAUCGAGUUACACGCCCUCCUCGUCGUCAGCGACUCCGCGUCGCCCGGAUCUGGACCUGGGGUAUGAACCUGAGGGCUCGGCUUCACCCACUCCACCUUACCUGAAGUGGGCCGAGUCGCUUCACUCUCUCCUGGACGACCAGGAAGGCAUCCAGCUGUUCCGAAACUUCCUGUGCCAGGAAGGGUGUGCGGACCUCCUGGACUUCUGGUUCGCCUGCUCGGGGUUCAGGAAGACCAGCCAGGAGAAGAGGGCAAAGCUGGCCAAGGCCAUCUACAGGAAGUACAUUGUGGACGGAAGUGGGAUUGUCUCCCGGCAGAUCAAAGCACCCACCAAGAGCUUCAUCAGAGACUGCGUGGGAAAGCCGCAUCCAGACCCGGCCAUGUUUGAACAGGCCCAGACAGAGAUCCAGGCCAUGAUGGAGGAGAACACCUACCCUUUGUUCCUCAAGUCGGAUCUGUAUCUGGAGUACACGCGGACGGGAGGAGAGAGCCCCAAACCGAACCCCAGUGACCAGAGCCCGUCGUCUGGGCCAGCCAAGACUGUGCCCGGGUACUUACCCACACUGGCUGAGGAUGAGGAGUGGAGGUGUGGGGGAGGAGGAGCGAGAGAAGAGGACGAAGAGAACGACGAGGAGGAUUGUGAAGACACACCGGCUGGGAGGCUGACUCAGAGCCUGCUGAUGCAGACAACCCCACAGAGAGUCUUGGCCAGCAGCAGGAGAGGGCAGGACAGCAGGGAGUGCAGACCGUGGAGGGAGCCGGUGAACCCAUACUACGCGAACAUGGGCUACGCUCGCGCUCCAGCCACCAGUGCCAACGACAGUGAGCAGCAGAGCAUGUCGAGCGACGCGGACACACUGUCGCUCCCCGACAGCAGCGUAAAUGAUAUUCCUCCAUACCGAUAUCGGAAGCAGCAUCGUAAAGAGAUGCAUGAAAGUGCCAAAGCCAAUGGACGCGUGCCCCUACCUCAUAUACCUCGCACGUACCGAAUGCCAAAGGACAUCCACGUAGAGCCGGAGAGGUUUGCAGCGCAGCUCAUCAGCAGGCUGGAGACGGUUCUCCGAGAGAGAGAGGCUCAGGAGCGACUCGAGGAGAGGCUGAAGAGAGUACGACUGGAAGAAGAGGGUGACGAUGCUGACAUCUCCGUGACAACCUCCAUGUCCUCUCAUAGCAUGCCACUCCCUCUCCCCUCGUCGUUCGCCCCGCUCUACGGAGCCCGCUACUCAGAGACCACUGCCCACACGGCAACAGCCGCCACUUACGGCGGCCUGGUGGCCAUGGAGGACUCCCACGACGACGACCCGGAGUCCAUCUUGGACGAUCAUGUGUCGCGCGUGAUGAAAACACCGGGCUGCCAGUCGCCGGGGGCAACCAACAGCACCUUAGGAGGAGGGGGGGGUCGACACUCUCCUCCCAAAUCAUCACGCUCACCUGAUGGAGGCACCGGACCGCCCCACUUCCCCCCACACCGAGGGCCAGUUCACAGUCUUCCUGUUGCCGGGGUCAAAGGUGUGCAUCACCACAAGCCGCAGUACCACCACCGAGGGCAGGAGGAGACGGGCUCAAGGUCUCAGCCCAACACGUGGAACGGAGACCCGGCCGGUCAGUAUGCAGGGAGAAGUCGGAACUACGCCGACGGGGCCGGAUCCAGCACGCUCGACACGAUGGGUAACGGCAGCAACAGGAGCACGCUGUCACGGCGAGGGUGUAAGAAGGCUUCAGAGACAUCGGGCAAAGUCGAAGAGAGUAUGCGGGGUCAGGAGACACAGGUGCAGCACGAGGAUCUGGAGAGAAACCAGAAGAUCCUGCAGUGGAUGAUGGAAGGAGACCGACAAAGGAAGACCACCCAUGGUGGCAGCACCAGCAGCUCCAGGAGGACGGGACCCAGCAGCGAGUCACCGCGUCCCACUUCAGUGGAGCGACCCGGAGCGGUCCACCCCUGGGUCUCUGCCCAGCUGAGAAACAACCCCUCUUCGGUGUCCACCGCCAUCCCCGGCCCAUCGUCCGCCCAGGUCCAGCCCUCGCACCCGUUCAUCCAGGACCCAGCUAUGCCCCCCAACCCGGCUCCCAACCCCCUCACCCAGCUGGAGGAGGCUAGGAGGAGACUGGAGGAGGAGAGGAGGAGGAACGCACUACAGCAGGCCAAGCAGAGGCACAAGUCUGGUAAGCGCCAGGUGUGUGAGAACAUAACGGUCGCCUACUACUUCUGUGGAGAGCCGAUCCCAUACAGAACAUCAGUCAAAGGCCGUGUGGUGACUCUAGGCCAGUUCAAGGAGCUGCUUACCAAAAAGGGCCACUACAGGUUCUACUUUAAGAAAGUGAGCGACGAGUUCGACUGUGGUGUGGUGUUUGAGGAGGUCCGCGACGAUGACGCCAUCCUGCCGAUCUUCGAGGAGAAGAUCAUCGGGAAGGUGGAGAAGGUCGACUGAAAUCUGGGAACAGGAAGACAAAACAGAAUUGCGACAAGUUGAAUCAUUUGAAACGAGUAGAUUGGACGAGAGGAACACGCGGGUGGGAAAUUGGAAAACGGAAGAAAGGAAGUAGGAAAGAUGGAGCCGGAGCGAUGUGUGAACAGGAGGGAGACUGCGCUGCAUGGUAAAAACUCAAGUAUUAAGGGAGGUGGUUAUUUUUUAUGGAAUAUCUGGAUUUCUGCGACAGCGCCUGGAUCAAACCCACAUCAAGGCCAGAUGAAACCGGAGCGGAGGAAAAGGAACGUAAAUUAUUUCACCUGUCCUGUCUCCGCUGUGGAUAUCGGAGGAGGGCUGUUAAAAUCUGAUGUCUGACCAGUCUUCCACUGCGAUGGAUGGAAGAGGGUGCGAGGACUGCUGGAAGGAGAGAGGCUGAAGUAGUCCUCCACCUUUUGCUCGGGGGGGUUGGGGGUUGGGGGGGGGGAGUCUGUCCUCCGCAGACCAUUACGAUGCUGCUACAUUACCACGGAAACUCUUCAAUCGGUGCUCGGGACAGUCAAGACAGCGGUUUUGUUCCUCUGUGGAGUCGCGCUGCCUUUUGCUGUCUCUGUUCCUCGUCAGCUGGUGACAUGGGGAGAGGACAGAGGAUUUCGGGGGGGGGGGGGGGGCGCCUGUCACUCCUCCCAUUGACUUCAUAGCCUCAAACACAGAGAAACUCUCUCACCCUUGAUUCCUAGAUGUCAUGUAGUGAUCUCUCACAUCAGACAUGUUCAGACAACAGUUCUCUACAUAACUUGUUUACCAAAGCUACAUAUUUUUGAUAAGACAAGUAUCCUAGCUACUUGUUUCUCAUUUUAUUUGAAUUGUGUAUAUGUACAAGGCAGGUACUAUUACUUACUAAUGCAGCCUAAUUUCGUCAUAUCUCAACUUAAUUUUGUAUUAUCGUGUAUGUUUUGAAACCUAGUUCAUUAGUCAUUUCAGGGCAGCCAUUUUGUUCCUUCUUUCCUCUCAACCACACCUCAGUUCCGGACAGUUUACCUCUUUGCGUGUGCAGUUUUGUUCUCCUGAGCGAAAGAUUUUAAACAUAGGAUCUUUUUUUUGUUUUGUUUUUUUAAAUCCCACACCCAUCGACUUGUGCACACUGCAAGUUGACAACUUUGACCACAUUAUCUGUCAUUUUAAAACAGGUCCCACUGUCCCCUCAUGUAUCGUGUAUCUUCUCUGCUAUAUGGAGAGCCUGUGUGUGUGUAACUCAGUCUAGGUGCCUGCCUGCCUGCCUGGCCAGUGCCAUUACUAUCUAGAGCUCUUCUUCUGAAGCGUGUGGGUGAGUGUGGAAAGCCCGUGUGGGUCGUGUAUGUCUGACCUUAGCCAAAGAGCAUAUCGUACGUCCCCGUAUGCCUACAUGCGUGUGUCCGUGCAGUCCAAGUGUAGGAGUUUCAAAUAUUUUUAUUUUUUUUAAUCCCUUCUCCCUCUUUUGCAAAUUCCCAAACGUCAAUUAUUGCAGGUUAACUUUGAGUUUGAAAUCUGAAGCUUAUCUUAAAAGAUUAGACAAUUUGGGAAAUGUGCUUAUUUGCUUUUGUGUUGAGAGUUAGGUGAGAAAAUUGACUCUGCGUUGACGUCUGUAUCGCAGCGGUGAAGCCUACGGCACGGAGUUGAAUAGCUUUUGUAUGUGUUACACAAACGAGGGCUCUCAGAUAUUGAUUAUUGAUUUAUUCUUAUUUAUAUUUUUUUUAUUAAUCAAUUGGUCUAUAUAAUGUCACCACUCACACUUCCCUAAAGCCUGUUUGACCAGCAGAUCAAAAUGUAAAGAUAUUUAAUUUUAUAUCACUUAAGAGAAAAAGAAGCAGUAACAUCUCAUAAUUAAGUAACUGUAGCUAGAGAGUGUUGGACAUCUUUCCUUUAAAUUAUUUAUAUAAAUUCAGCCCUAAAGCAAACUGGAUAUAUCGUGAUAAUUGGUGAGCUUUAAAGGUGCUGGUAGGUCCUGGUGUUUCCCCCCGUUUCCAGUCUUUAUGCUAAGCUAACUGGCUAUUGCUGCAUAUUCAUAUUCUAUGUACAGACAUUAGAUUGAUGUAGAAUUUUCUUAUUUUACUCUCAUUAAGAAAGUACAAAAGCAAAUUUCAAGGAAAUAAUAAAGUAAUUCUUCCCAACAGCAGUUGGGCCUCAGAGUGCGUAAUUCACCAGCUACGUAAACUGAAUGUAAUCUGACUUUUUACCGACUUUAACCUGUUCAUAUGAAAACAAAACAUCCCUUAUUUGCAAUAUCCUCUUGCCGGAGUUGCCCUUCAGUAUUGAUCAUCUAUGCUGGUAGAUAACUGAAUGUGUUCAUCAAACAUGGGGGGGGGGGGUUCCUACAGAAAGUCUUGCAGGAAUGUCAAAUACAAUUUGUCCUGGGGUUCUGCCCAGUAAGGGAAACAUAGGAUUGUAAAACGUUCUUGUCCUCACUUCGACACAUUUUGCCUUCAAUAUGAAAUUUUAAAUUUAGAUUAUGUAUUUGUUUAUUAAAAAAAAAUUAUGUAAUUUUAAUAAUCACCGAGCAUGUUCUUUAUAAGGAAUGUUUUCCUGAUGAGUUGGAUUAUCUGUUUUGUUCUAAUGUUUAUGUGCAAACUGCUACGACCCCUCUGACACAUUUUAUCUGUUGUGUUAGAACAAACACCCAGGGACAGUUAAUGAAGUGACAACAUUUGUUCAGAGUUGUUUCUUGUGAUUAUGAUUUGACGGACAAAGCAAACAAAACAGCGUCUGUUGUGUCGUCGAUUUGUGUGAAACACAGUGCCUUUAUCAUGAUAUCUUUCGAAAUGAUGUUUAUUGAACCAAUCCUUGCUUUUAAUGUAAGUUCUUAUCUUCAGUCAGUCCCGUUAUCUUUUUCUUUUUUUGUUGUUAGCUGCAGUCAUGCUUGCUCACUUCUGUUCUGAUAGACUCUCUGCUGUAAAUAUGUACAUUAUCAUUUCAUAUGUUUCUUCAGACCUGCACCACAUGGUGUUUGUCCAUGGUGUUUCUGUUUUUCAAAGGUAAACACCAAGAUGUCACUGUGCUGGUUCCACUUGUACAUUUCUUUUAAAAAGGUACUUCAUAAUAAAGAUGUUGAAUAAACA